CCGAGAAAGGCGCAGUAGGUCGCAAUCUCGGCCUGACACGCAGCUCCGCACACCAUUGGCUGACAGCGCAUGUCUUACCUGUAGGAAGGUGUGCCAAAGACCAGCAGGAUGAACUUUUCUGCGCUGUGAACUACGGGAAACCUAUCUACGAUUUUAAUUCAUGCUCCCAAAAUCAUGGAGCCCGUCACGUCUUGGAGCACCGAGAGAGUUGCCGAAUGGCUCAAAGGUCUGGAUGCUCCUCUGCAUCAAUACUCAUUCUCAGAGUGGCAUCUCUCUGGCUCAGACCUACUUCAUCUCACCUCUGCCAGGCUUGAGAAACUGGGAGUGCAUAAAAUCGGACAUCAGGAGCUUAUACUGGAGGCUGUGGAAAAACUCUGUGCUUUGACAUACAGCAUUGGAGGGGAGACUCUGCGCAGUUUGACAGAGAAACUGAACGCCUUGGCUCACACUCUGCAGAUGACCAUACAAGGCCGCUGGCGUGUUAAUUCCAGUGAUGGGCAGAGCGCCACCACUCUGCCACAACAGAUACUGCAGGCGGUGGUGGAUGUGAUCACAGCAACCAAAGGUCUUAUAUCUCUGCUCAACAGAUACCAGUUUUCACAGCAGACUGGAGACAAAGCAAGUGAGAAACUCAUCGAUCUCUGUAAAGAUUUGGACACCACUGUGCAUAAGGACAUCGCUGUGUUUGAAAAGGAGAAGGACAUCAUCUCUAUUUGCCGUCGGUUAGUUGCAGUUUGUGAUGAGAUUUUGACCGUGAGUCCACAGUCUCUUCUUACUCAUACUGCACAGCUGGAAAGUAUCGACCUGGUCCCAGUCUCACCAGGAGAUCACGUGGGAAUUGAGAUCACCACCACAGGAUCCAGAAAUCAUUUUGUCACUGGAACAGCAGCUGAGUCACCCACAGAGUUGUGUGAGAAGAUCUUAGCAGGAGAUGAGGUCCUUCAAGUCAACGGUCAGAUAGUGGUUGGCUGGAGUAGAGCAAAGCUUGUUAAAAAACUGGAGGAGAAUCCAAAUGGAGUCACUCUGGUUUUAAGGAGGCUUCCAGUGUUCCUGAAUCGGAAGGAGAGCCGAGCCAAGUCUGAGAGGGAAGAGGAGGAGGAGGAAGAGGAAGAGAAAGGCAGACAUUCUUUGCUUGGGAGGGUGGCAGCCUCUGUGCGCUCAUUCAAAUCAGGACCAGACGGCACACAUCACAGUAGACGGGAGAAAUCGGUGCUCGCUAGUGAUCAAAGUCCAAAUGGACAUCAGUCAAACACCCUAAAAAGCCAUCAGUUUGGUACAGACUCUCAGCGUGCAAGUCGGAACAGUUUGGAAGCGGGCUCACCAGCAGACAGGAGUCCGUCCCCACAGAACGUAGAGCUCAACAGAGCCAGUACCAGCUCUUGUCCCGACAUGGCUGGACUACUGGAGGAAAAGGAGAACAAGAAGGUCUCUACUAAAGGAACGAGGACAGCGAUGAGCCGCAGGAGGGUGUCCUGUCGAGAGCUCGGCCGUCCGGACUUUGACGGUUGGCUCUGGAAGAAGAGAAAGGAUGCGAGCGUGUUCAUGACUCAGAAAUGGCAGAGAUUUUGGUUCGUCCUGAAAGGUCCAACACUGUAUUGGUAUACCAGUCAACAGGAGGAGAAGGCGGAGGGCUUGAUCAAGAUUGGCAGCUACAAUAUUGAAAGCGCAGGGGAACACAAGAGGAAGUAUGUAUUUAAAAUGUGCCACAAGCGCUUUCACAAUUUCAUCUUCGCUGCGGAGAAUGUGAGCGACAUGAGCAGAUGGAUUAACUGUUUAAUAACAGCCAUUCAGAAACACAAGAAAUCUCUCCAAAGUCAGCCGGAUAGUGAAGAAGACUGUUACAGUGAAACUGAAUCUGAGGAAGAAUCAUCUCAUUCACCUCUCACUCACCGGAAAAAGCCAGCUGCGACUCAAUCAAACACACUCCCCCGAACAAAGGGUAAAAAGAACAGGUCAUCAACGCCAGAGCCAAUGACGAUUUCACAGGCAGGGGGCCGUAAAAUAGCAGGAAAGGUAGAUGAGAUGGAUGAAAUGUUUCAUAGCCUGAAGAAAGGAGGAGUGUCUCUGAUUGGUCAGAAUCAGCCAAUUACUCACGACCAGCUCCGUAAAUCCUUCAUCAAACGCAACAAGAACCCUGUCAUCAAUGAGAAAAUUCACACACUCCGUGCCCUCCAGAGUACACUCAAGGCAAAGGAGGCAGAGCUACAGCUUAUUAAUAAGGUCUUAGAGGAUUCUGAGCUCACACCAAAAAAUUUUCGUGAGUGGAAGCAGUUUAAUGAAGAGCUGCUUCAGGACAUUGAGAAGGCGAAAGCCAUGCCCAGUACAGAGACAGUUUCCAGGGGUGACGACGAGGCAAGGGGACUGAACUUUAGUGAUGGUGAACAGCUUGUAGAUGCUGAAAUAUCUGAUGAUGGAGGCUCCACCCCUAAAGAUGCAACAGUGUUUUUGCAGACACAUAGCACAGACAAGGACAAUACGACACCUAUGGAAAACUACUUUUACAUAUGAAACAGGCACAAACUCAUCAAAAAUAACCAUUUACAGAGACUGACAAGAUCCGCUCAGAGAAAAGGAAAUCAUACAUGAAAUUCAGCCCACCUGGGACAGAGCAGAUUUUUAAUGUUUUUUGACAAAAGUGAAAAUCAUUUAGGGAUUUUAAACUGCUGUACAUGUACUAUAAAGUAUCACUGUAUCACUAUAAAGUAUCACUGAAUUUAUGAUAAAAUGCUUUUGCUGAAAAAGGAACAAAUCAAACUUAGGCACUUGUUAAAGUACAUUGAUCAUAAUGAUGUGUAUAAUUUUACAUAAGUAUCUUGAGAAUUAUAAUAUUAGAAGAAUUAUAAUAAUAGGAUGCAUAUUUGUUUUUACUUCAGGUUUGACUACCCUUGAAUAGGUUAAGCAAUGUCAGAAAAGGUUCUAUGAAUGUUUUUGGUAUGUCAACACGUGAAAGUGUUUCUUUAAUAAGAUUUUAUUUUUUUAAUAUGAAAUUAAAUGUCUGAAUGGCAAUAUAGCUCAGCAGCGAGCCCAGAAACUAUUCUUCUUGAAAAGUGAUACCUCAGUUUGCAUGGAUGAUAGCGUUUGCAUUAAAUGCUCAGCAUUCUGCAGAAUUGCCACGCAGUGGCGCUAUGUUCUUUAUUCGCGAGGUGCAGCAUUUGCUGGCACCUUCUCAUUUCUUUUCACUUCUUUGUUUACUGUGCUGUACAUUCAUUUAUAUAAUAGCUAUGAUUAAUAUAAUGUUGCGUUAACAAC